UCCUUCCGGAUUCCCCUCCAAAUGGAGGUCGCAACUGCGGUUUUCAACCUCCCCAAUCGAUUCCAAAUCGUGGCGUCUUCACUGACGCCCUCCCUCUGCAGAAAUACAACAAAAACUCUCCUCUUCUUUGCACCAGAGUCCUUCAAGUCCUCUCUCGGGUGGGCCAUUGUCAACAAGAAACCGAUUUCUGCAAAUUUUUAUGUGAAGAGAAGGAGAACUCUUUGUGGGUAUGGAGUGAAUUGCAGCAAAACUGACAUAGAGAACGGAAAAUGUGGAAAGGAAGAGUUUAUAGUGGUGAACUUCUACCGGUUUGUGCACAUAGAACAACCUCAAGAAGAGGUUGCCAAGCACCACUCGUUCCUAGAGGGUCGUGACAUUCGUGGUAGGAUAUACGUCAACGAGCAGGGCAUCAACGCCCAGUAUAGCGGCCCAUCCCAGGAUGCAUUGGCAUACGUCGAAUGGUUGAAGGAAGAUGACCGAUUUUCUGAUAUUUUGGUUCAGAUUACACCAGCAUCAAGUGGGCAUGCAUUUCCUUGCCUUAAACUGCGGUAUAAACCUUCAUUAGUCCAGAUGGAAGGAGGCAUCUCACACCUUCCUAUACUGGAUCCAGAAAUGAGGGCCGUACCAUUGGAUCCAUCUGAGUGGAAGGAACGACUGCAAAUGGCAAGACAUUCAUCAUCUUCAGUUGAAAUUAGCAGUUCAGCCCAGGAAAGGCAGAUUCUGCUUUUGGAUGUCAGAAAUGGUUAUGAAUGGGAUAUUGGUCAUUUUUGUGGAGCUCAGCGUCCACCUGUUGAUUGCUUUAGGAACACCUCAUUCGGGCUUUCUGAUUCAGAGUGUGAUUGUUCAGAUCCUCUGUCCAAUGUCAACAAAGAAACUACAGAUAUUAUGAUGUACUGCACCGGGGGCAUCAGAUGUGAUGUGUAUUCCACUCUACUUAGACAAAGAGGCUUCCAGAAUCUGUACACUUUGAAGGGAGGCAUCUCACAUUUUCUUGAGCAAGAGGGUCCAGGAGAAGAUUGGGAAGGGAAUUUGUUUGUCUUUGACUCACGUUUGGCUCUUCAACCGUCCACCUUUAAGCCUGAUGCAAACACACAUGAAAAGCAGAAAGGGAAUGGCUUAAUCCACAAACUAACAUCAGCCAGAUGCUAUUUAUGUGGAUCUUCAGUGCUUGAACUCAGACAUCGGAACUGUGCAAAUCUUGACUGCAACUUCCUUUUCCUAUGUUGUAACAACUGUGUCGAGGAGUUUAGAGGAUGUUGCUCCCCGGAAUGCACAUCAGCUCCCAGGCUCAGACCAGUUUUACCUGGGCACCAAAGAUAUGAAAAAUGGCACGUUUAUCGGGACUCAAAGAUGACAGACACUCAGACUGUUUAAUCUCUCUCUCUAUCUCUCUUUCUUUAUAGAGGGUCAUUUUGGUAGAGGCUUUGGUGACCAAUGAAUCAAUCAAAUGCUAUUUACGAGAUUGUGAUGUAUCACAUUUUAGAGGUCAUUCAAUGAUAUUCUUGGGCGAAUCUUCA